GGCGGCAGCUCGGUGCGCGCACCCGCCGCGUAACGCCACAGAGAAGCGUGACGGAGCAGCGAGAGGAGACGUCUUCACCUUCAGCCACCGCAGGUCUGACACCAGGAGCCGGACACUCUGAGCCACAGAGACCAGCUGCAGCGGUCACACAUCAAGAAGCCGCUCUGGUGAUCCGCUCUGCCCAGCACAUUCACUCAGGAGAGUUAUCACACACAUCCCGCAGAGAUGAGCAACAAGAAGAUGGAGGACGAGGCGGUGCUGGACCGGGGGGCGUCCUUUGUCAAGCACCUGUGUGACGAGGAGGAGGUGGAGGGUCACCACACCGUUUACAUCGGCGUGCACGUGCCCAAGAGCUACCGGCGUCGGAGGCGUCACCGCCGGAGAGCCGGGGGCCACAAGGACCGAAAGGAGCGGCAGACGGAGGGCACCGGUGACAAGUCGGACACAGAGAACAACGAUGAGGCCAGCAACAGCAUCCUCAGACCCCUCAUCUCACCCGCGGCCGAGAGGGUCCGCUUCAUGCUCGGGGAGGAGGACGAUGGACCGGCCCCCCCGCAGCUCUUCACCGAGCUGGACGAGCUGCUGUCGGUGGACGGACAGGAGAUGGAGUGGAAGGAGACGGCCAGGUGGAUCAAGUUCGAGGAGAAGGUGGAGAAAGGUGGUGAGCGGUGGAGCAAACCUCACGUGGCCACGCUGUCCCUACACAGUCUGUUCGAGCUGAGGACCUGCAUCGAGAAAGGCACCAUCAUGCUGGACAUGGAGGCCUCCACCCUGCCUCAGGUCGUCGAGCUGAUCACAGACAACCAGAUUGCGAUCGGGCAGCUGAAGGCCGAGCUGAAGGACAAAGUCAUGUACACGCUGCUGCGGAGACAUCGGCACCAGACGAAGAAGUCCAACCUGCGCUCGCUGGCGGACAUCGGGAAGACGGUCUCCAGUGCAAGUAGGCUGUUUUCCAACCCGGAGAACGCUCGUAGUCCUCUUGAGAACUCUCUCACCUGCCUGUCGGGUCGCAUCUCCAUGGACCUGCAGAGCCAGAGGAGUAACAGCAUGGACUGGCUUAACAGUCCCACCACGACGCACCGGAACCUGACGUCCAGCAGCAUGAACGACAUCUCGGACAAACCGGAGAAAGAGCAGCUGAGGAACAAGUUUAUGAAGAAGUUGCCGAGAGACGCCGAGGCCUCCAACGUGCUGGUGGGGGAGGUGGACUUCCUGGACUCGCCGUUUGUGGCGUUUGUGCGUCUGCAGCAGGCGGUGAUGCUGGGAGCCCUGACCGAGGUCCCUGUUCCCACGAGGUUUUUAUUCAUCUUGCUCGGACCCAAAGGCAAAGCCAACUCGUACCAUGAGAUCGGCAGAUCCAUCGCCACCCUGAUGUCUGAUGAGGUGUUCCACGACAUCGCGUACAAGGCCAAGGACCGAGAGGACCUGCUGGCCGGCAUCGACGAGUUCCUGGACGAGGUGAUCGUGCUUCCUCCUGGAGAGUGGGACCCGACCAUCAGGAUAGAGCCGCCCAAGUCCCUGCCCUCCUCGGACAAGAGGAAAAACAUGUACGCAGGAGGCGACUCCCAGAUGAACGGAGACACGCCUCACGACGGAGGUCACGGGGGAGGGGGGCACGCCGUGGGGGAGGAGCUACAGAAAACUGGAAGGUUCUGUGGAGGCCUCCUACUGGACAUCAAGAGAAAAGCGCCUUUCUUCGUCAGUGACUUCACCGACGCAUUUCACAUCCAGGCCCUGUCGGCCAUCAUGUUUAUCUACCUGGGCACGGUGACCAACGCCAUCACCUUCGGGGGUCUGCUGGGGGACGCCACGGAGAACAUGCAGGGCGUGUUGGAGAGUUUCCUGGGGACGGCGAUCGCCGGGGGGGUCUUCUGUCUGUUCGCCGGUCAGCCGCUCACCAUCCUCAGCAGCACGGGGCCCGUCCUGGUGUUUGAACGGCUGCUCUUCAACUUCAGCAGAGAGUACAGCUUCGACUACCUGGAGUUCCGGCUGUGGAUCGGCCUGUGGUCGGCGUUCUUCUGCCUGCUGCUGGUGGCCACCGACGCCAGCUUCCUGGUGCAGUACUUCACUCGCUUCACGGAGGAGGGCUUCUCCUGCCUCAUCAGCUUCAUCUUCAUCUACGACGCCUUCAAGAAGAUGCUCAAGCUCUCUCACCACUACCCCAUCAACGCUGACUUCCAGGAGGAGCUGGUCACGCAGUACCACUGCCUCUGCAUGGCGCCCGCGGUUUACGUGAACAUUUCUGAUGGGGAUCCUUUGGACUCAGCCUCGGACUGGAACAGCACUGAUCUGCCGAUGAACGCCACGUGGUCGUCCCUCACGAAGACGGAGUGCGUGAAGUACGGGGGGGAGCUGGUGGGGCAGUCGUGCGAGUUCGUCCCCGACAUCGCCCUCGUGUCCUUCAUCCUGUUCUUCGGCACCUACACCUGCUCCAUGUGUCUGAAGAAGUUCAAGACCAGCCCCUUCUUCCCCACCACCGUGAGGAAGCUCAUCAGUGACUUCGCCAUCAUCCUGGCCAUCCUCAUCUUCUGUGGGGUCGACGCGCUCAUCGGAGUCGAGACGCCCAAACUCAUCGUGCCAACUGAAUUCAAGCCCACGAGUCCUCACCGGGGCUGGUUCGUCCCCCCCUUCGGAGGAAACCCCUGGUGGGUGUACCUGGUGUCGGCGCUCCCGGCCCUGCUGGUCACCAUCCUGAUCUUCAUGGACCAGCAGAUCACUGCAGUGAUCGUCAACAGGAAGGAGCACAAGCUGAACAAAGGGGCGGGCUAUCACCUGGACCUGUUCCUGGUGGGCGUCCUGAUGGUGGUCUGCUCCUUCAUGGGUCUGCCGUGGUACGUGGCCGCCACCGUCAUCUCCAUCGCUCACAUCGACAGCCUGAAGAUGGAGACGGAGACGUCGGCUCCUGGAGAGCAGCCCAAGUUCCUGGGUGUGAGAGAGCAGAGGGUCACGGGUGUGAUGGUGUUCAUCCUGACCGGCCUGUCCGUGUUCAUGUCCCCGAUUCUAAAGUUCAUCCCGAUGCCCGUGUUGUACGGAGUCUUCCUCUACAUGGGAGUGGCCUCUCUGAACGGAGUGCAGUUCAUGGAUCGUCUCAAGCUGCUCAUGAUGCCGGCGAAGCACCAGCCCGACCUGGUCUACCUGAGACACGUCCCCCUCAGGAAGGUCCACCUCUUCACCUCCAUCCAGAUCCUGUGCUUGGCUCUGCUCUGGAUCCUCAAGUCCACCGUGGCCGCCAUCGUCUUCCCCGUCAUGAUCCUCGCCCUGGUCGCCGUCAGGAAAGCGAUGGACCUCCUGUUCUCCCAGCACGACCUCAGCUUCCUGGACGACGUCAUCCCGGAGAAGGACAAGAAGAAGAAAGAGGACGAGAAGAAGAAGAGCGGCGGCAGCGACAGCGACGCUGAAGACGAGAGAAGUCCCCAUCAUUCCUUGACCGCCACACAUCGUGCUGAGCAGCUUCGCUAUUACCAGUCCAACUGCCUGUCCAGCCCCGAGAUGAGUCCUCUGAAGCCGGUGCCUCAGAUCAUAAUCGACAUGGACCCAGACGACGAUAAUUCUUUCUACUGGAGGAGCCGAGGAUCUGAGACGUCUCUGUAGAGGACAGAACCUCUGGACCCUCUGGACCCUCUGGACCCUCUGGACCCUCUGGACCCUCUGGACCCUCUGGAGCUCCGCCUCUAACCGACUGACUCUCACACUCCUCCGUCAUUUCACAGGAAACACACAGUUUAACGCAGGUAACAGAUACAGUCAAAUAAUAUAUGAUCCUCACGGCUCCACAUUCUGAUGUAACUCUUUACUUCUCUUCUAUGCAAGCUUACGGCUGAGCAACAGUAAACGCUGCAGCUCUGAACAUGCAUGGAGCGCCCUCCCUGCUCUUUUUAUAUAUAAGUAUAUAUAAAUAUCAUCCGUCUGAAUUUUUAUAUUCAUUGAAUUACUCUUAAUACCAUUUUCCUGUAGCAGGAAAGUAUGUUUUUAUAGCUCUACCUCUUGUUUUAGCUUCUUCUGAUGAAACAGGAUCAACGUGUGCGAAUAGAAACUCUCAGUUGAUUAACACUGAAUUAACAACGUGCAGAUGAAGAAUAUUUUUAUCACUUUUUGACGCUUUACUUUCUCUAAUUUUUCUUUCACAUGUUCUCCUCAAAAGCUUUUGUUACUCGUUUAAAUUAAAUCGAGCUCGGAAAUGUUUUUUAAUGAUUAUAUAUCGUGUGUGUGUCCGUAACCUUUUCUAAUGUCACUCCUUUGUUUUUCAUUUUGCUGGUAGAACACAGUUCAGAUAAUGGUCCGGUUUUCCUCAGCCAAACUUUAACUCUAGGUGCAUAUCAUGUACUUGCUUGUGCUUUACCUAAGUGGCUUAUAAGAGAUUGAUCCAGACUGGAACUGAUGUGAUUUGAUAAGAGGAUUUUUGCUUUUGGUCUCAGCUGCUGUUGGAAAUAUCUGAUGUGAAAAAUGGCUUCUGCUUGUUUUGUGUAUUUAAAAAUUGACAAAUUUGAAUUUUACUGAGUUUAUCUUUAUGAGACACUGGUGUGCACGUGGAGGGGGACGCUGGCUCCAGAUGUUUCUACUGCAGGAGGAACAGUUUGGAUUUGAUCUUUACACAUAUCAUCAGUUUGUGUGUUUGUGUGCACGUCCCGGCCGAUAUAUAAUUAUAUGAAUUUGUAGAUGAUAAUAACUUAAUCUGAGGUUGUGUAGAACCAGUGCCUGUGUUUGUUUGUCCACUAGAGGGCACUGGCGGCUCAUUUUUGAACUGUAAAAUGUUCUGAAAAGUAUUUUAAUCACAAUUUAGGAAACAAACAAAAUGAACAACAACAGGAUCCGUCUCAAGUCUCUGAGUCCUGAAUCCACUUCUUUAGAUUUAAUCCAAACUUCUAUCACACGAUCACGUUCAUAUAAAUCCAGAUAACUUAUAAGUGAUUUAUCUAUAACUUGGAUUCAAGCUUCGAUCACGAGUCAUAAUCCAGUGAUGAGUAAACAAACCUGUCUGUGUGAAAUCAACUGGGUUUUAGGGAAAACACAAUUUGUUCAUGAUGUCAGGGAGAAACUACACUACCCACAAUCCUCAGGUGUAAGAGUGACAGCUGUGAUUGGUGAGGGUUUGUCCUUACCAUGGGAAUGCAUCGUCCAGUGUGACACUACGUUUACCACAGAGAGGAGGAGGAGAGCAGGAGGGCACAUGGUUUUAUGGGAUGUUUAGUUUCCUCUGCUCUGAUAUAAUUACACUAUUACGCCGAAUAUUAAUUUCGCUCUGAAUCAAAACUUCCAUUGUCCCGAUUGAUCUUGUAGCUGCUUCAUGAAGGAAACAUCUACAGUUUAAAAGUGGACGCUGGGUGUCUCGCUCUCUAACCUGCAGGACAAAGAGACACAGUGUUUUCUAAAGGGCUCACUGAAGCAGGUCUCAGAUCAGAUUUGAAACUGUCGUCAGCACCACAACAGCAGAUAAGAUCUAAACUGAAGGAGCCUCCUCUUCCUCUGUGAAACCUCUGAACACCUGUCGACUCAAACCAAAACACAACACGCGCUCGUUUCCACCAUCUGUGAACUCUGUGUGUGUCAUUUGCUUCUGUGAACCCGGGACGUUAACGUGUUGUUAGCGUGUUGUGAUCCCGUGUGAGUGUCAGACUAGAAUCAAAAACCUGUGGGUGGUUGUAGAGACGGACUCUGAUACUUCCUCUUCUUCUCUGGAUUAGUAUGUGCGACACUUAGAGCCGGUGAAAUGGUUUAUUUUAGAAUUUAUAUUUUUCAAAUGAAAUGUAUAUUGAAAAUAAACAGAAAUAAACAGACAGUGAAGUUG